AUGGAACGGUUGAAAACAGAUAUGGAAGGGAUCAGUGAGGGACAAAAACGCAUAAAAGAAGGGCAAGAAGAAAUACGAAAAAAGUUUGAAGAAAUAGAAUCUGAAUGCCACAAACUCAAAGAGGAGACUAUGAACAUAGCCAAACAGAGCGAUUGCAACCAGAUCAGGAUCAAUCUAAUGUUUGGCAUUGUGAAAGCACGUCAAGAUAACAACUUUGCCCAGGCUGAUCACCUUACUCAGCUCCUCCGUGAGGAAAUGGCAAAGGAAUAG